AUGGGGGAGCCUUGCGAGCGCGGUGCCUGCUCGCCAGCCGCCGGCAUGAAGGAAGGAGCGGACUGGGAGUCCUGGGAUGCGCCGCUGGGUUUCCUGGAGGGCGCCCAGGUGGGCAACAGGAGCAACGUGUCCCUCCUGCAGCUCUUUAAGAACAUCAACCUGGAGCGAGCCGACGGGAUGCAGGGGGACAGCUCCGACGUGAUGCGGAUUGUCAUCUCCCUGGUGUACUCCGUGGUGUGCGCCCUGGGGCUGGUGGGCAACCUCCUGGUGCUCUACCUGAUGAAAAGCAAACAAGGCUGGAGAAAGUCCUCCAUCAACCUCUUUGUGACCAGCCUGGCAGUGACUGACUUCCAGUUUGUGCUGACCUUGCCGUUCUGGGCAGUGGAGAACGCGCUGGACUUCAACUGGCUCUUUGGCAAGGCAAUGUGUAAGAUUGUCUCUUAUGUGACAGCCAUGAAUAUGUACGCCAGUGUCUUCUUUCUCACUGCCAUGAGUGUGGCUCGAUACCGCUCUGUGGCUUCAGCCUUGAAGAACCAGCGGCGAGGUGACCCACUGGGUGGCUGCUGCUCUGCCAAGUGGCUUUGUGCACUCAUCUGGCUGUCAGCUAUCCUGGCUUCCCUGCCCCAUGCCAUUUUUUCCACCACUGCCACCGUCUUUGAUGAUGUGCUCUGCCUUGUUAAGUUCCCUGAGGGCCGAGGCAGCAAUGCCCAGUUCUGGCUGGGUCUGUACCACAUCCAGAAGGUGCUGCUGGGCUUCGUGGUGCCACUGGCCAUCAUCAGCCUCUGCUACUUGCUCCUGGUGCGCUUCAUCAGUGACAAGCAUGUCGGCAGCACCUGCAAUGGCCCUAGCACCAAGCGCCGUUCCAAAGUGACUAAAUCAGUGUCCAUCGUGGUGCUGUCUUUCUUCUUGUGCUGGCUGCCUAACCAGGCGCUCACAACAUGGGGCAUCCUCAUCAAACUCAACGUGGUGCACUUCAGUACUGAGUACUUCCUCUCCCAAGUGUACCUCUUCCCCAUCAGCGUGUGCCUGGCACACUCCAACAGCUGCCUCAAUCCCAUCCUCUACUGCCUCAUGCGCAGGGAGUUUCGCAAGGCACUGAAGAGCCUCCUCUGGAGGAUCACCUCGCCUUCCCUCACCACCAUGCGCCCUUUCACCGACACCACCAAGCCCGAGCAGGAGGAGCAGGCCCUGCACGCCUUGGUGCCUGCCCACCCUGUCACUGCUUCUUCCCCUGCUGCAACUGCCCAGCCGGAGGUGGCCUACUAUCCCCCUGGGGUGGUGAUGUACAGCAGCCGCUAUGACCUGCUGCCUGCUAGCUCCACGGAGCAGCGCUGCUGA